GGCUGGUCAUUUCCACAAAGCCGGUCCAGCCCAACGAGCGCCAACGAGCGCGGAGCCCUAUUCCGGACUAGACGACGGUCACCUUCUCAACCUUAGUCGGUUAUUCUCUUUCCUUUCUUUCUUCUCCAUUGGAAAACACUGCCGAGCCGAUAGUCGAUGGAUAGUAGUAAGCCACUUGCGGCUCCGAAUUGGUCGGGUCGGUCGAGACCUCCGUAUUCGCACCACCGGGCGGGCUCACUUACACCACUCAGUCACUCAGUCUCACUCGACCGCGUCUGAUGGCGUUUGGAUGGCUUGCGGGCAACUCGUUCCAAAUCCAGUCAUCGUGAUCGAUCUUUGUGGACAUCAAGUUCCCUCUUCGUCUCUAUAGUCUUCUCAAACUAUAAGAUCUUCCAUCUUUCCCAACCUUCCCCCUCGAAAGUUAAAAAGCAAUCCACUCAAGCCUUCAAGCAGCCUCAUCACAAACCAUCAAGGCAUCUAUCCUUCUUGAGCACACAUCUUUCCUCCUUCUCCGACAACUCACUUGGCUGUUUUUCAAAAUGGUUCGCAAGAACAUCAUCAUUUCCUCCCUCUUCCUGGGCCUCGUCUCAGCCUCGCCGCUCCACCUGAAGCGCCAGGACCUGCCCAUCGACAGCUAUGACGAGUCCGUGGCUGCCGGUGCUGACUCCACCGACACCCCCCCUGUUGGCGACGCCGUUCCUCAGAACGUCGAGACCUUUGACUCCAACACCGUGGCCGCGGAAGUUGUGGCCACCGUUGUCGACACUCCCCCUGCUGUGGCUCAGGCCUCCGACGACACUCCUCCCGAGGUCAUAACCGUCAACCUCUUGAAGCGCAGCAACGCGAACGUCGCUCGCGCCGACGGCCCGGCCACCUCGUGUAUUGUCCGCACCUUCAAUGGUCCGCAGGUGUCUCCCGAUACUCCUGAGGCCUUCACCAGCUACGCGGAUUUCGCUACCGCUGCCACCGACGCUGUCAAGGCGGCCAACGUCCCUUCCGGCUACGCGGCCGUGCCUAACUUUGUCAACCUCAAUGCGGUGGCCCAGGACAAGUCCUACAUCACCUACACGAGCUCCAAGCUGACCUCGUACGACCCCAAGAAGUGCGCCGCCAUCUGCGACGCCACUGCCGGCUGCACCUCGUUCAACAUUUACUACGAGCGCGUACCGCUCGAGAUCAGCAAGGCCACCCAGGUGCCCAAUGCCGCGCUCGGCUGCCCUGGCAAUGCCGACGCCGCCUCGGCCACACUGAUCAAGUGUGCCUUCUACGGCAUGCCGCUCGUCGCCACCUCGGCCAAGUCGUUCUACCAGUACCAGGGCAAGGCCUUCAAGGUAGUCUAUGCCGGCUCCACGGCCUUCACCAAGUCCAGCGGCCCCACGGUCGACGGCUUGCAGGGCCCCGUCACCUUUGGCGACGCCGCCAUCAACGCGCCCGCGCCCGUCAUCGACCACGGCUACCUCCGCACGCAGACCUUUGGCACCAACGUCCCCUUUGCCCCGGAACUCUGCGCCGCCAGCUGCAAGGCCCAGACCGAGUACAACGCGAAGCACGGCACCAACAAGGGCCAGGCCUGCAUCUUCUUCAACGCCUUUGUCAUUUACAAGAACGGCAAGGACGGCGUCUUCACUUGCAACUACUAUGGUACCCCCUAUGGUGUCAGCUACGCCAAGAACAGGGGCCAGUGGGACGACUCUGGCAACCAUUGGACUAUCUCCAACAGCUUUGGCUACUACGUUCCUGGCAACUAUGUUGCCAAGUAAGGAAAGGGGGUGGGUGCGUGGUCAUCCAAGGCCAUGACUAUGACCACUUGCUUUUCAUGCUUUGAAGGGAUGAGGGGAUGAAGAAAACGGUUGAGAAAAAAAAAUUGAAUGGGUAAUACUUGCUUGGAUUCUUUAGCUCUCCCCGUCUUUUAUAACCAUUUGUGCUUGGCUGUACGAACAGUAAACACUUUUGUGGUUUGCUUUUUGUGCUUUAGUGCUUUAAUAGUUAGUUCUAAUACAUAACAGUUGUUUGGGUACCUACAUAAAUUGUUGUGUCGUCAAGGUUAACUUUGCUUGUAAUGCCACUGUUGUUGUCAUUGAUCGCCGCGCUUGAAUGCCUAUUUGGGAG